AUCCGUCCGUUGUAUAUAUUUUAGUGUGCUCCUUUUUUCUUUACGAGACUAGCCGCAGUGUUCCAACGAUAGUGACGCGUGCAUCACAAUGAUAAUGUAGUUUAUAUAACAAUAAUAUUAAUACACCAAACUGGUUAAUAUUAUUCAGUGAUAUUUUUGUAUUGUACAGAGUUUUCUAUUGGUGUUGGUUUUGAUCAUCAAUUAUUAGUWUUGUACUGCUUAAUUGUAUUAAUAAUAGGUGGCUACCUACUCGAUAAAACCUACCUAUUAAACUGGUCGAGCAAUAUUGGAAUAACAUCAUAAACGGUGUAAUCAGCGAUUAACACAUUUUACCUGAAGACUAUAUUCCAAGAGACUUAGAACAAGAACAUAAACAUUCUAAACACGUUGUGACUGUCAGCGAAAACAUUAUAUAUAUAUAUAUGUAUAUAUGAAAAGAUCGAUAUGAAUAAAAAGACGUUCAGAGAAAAUGAAAGACUUAUCGGAACAAACGAGGCAGAGAAGGCAAAAUCUUGUCGCAGACAACUGUCAGCGUGCUUUCUAGCCUCGUUGAUGUCACUGUCGGCGGGCACAGUCAUCGCGGGAUGGUCUCCCACCGAAGGAAGUAUCAAAGAAAAUGAUUUGAAGAAGUGGUCCACCGAACAGGAAUCGUGGAUCAUAUCGAUUUACGUGUUAGGUGCGCUGCUUGGAGCAUUACCCGCCGGCUUUUUGGGUCAAAAGUAUGGUCGAAAGUCGCUGCUGCUCUGGCUGGCCGGCCCCAUGAUAGUCGGAUGGAUAUUGUGUCUGUUGCGGUUGGAGAGCGUGAACACGCUUGUGGACUCGUCAUGGAGGAUGUCCUUGCUGCUCAUUCUAUGCGUGUUCAUAUCCGCCUUCCGGUUGGGCCUGGGACCCAUCCCGUGGUUCAUAAGCACCGAGCUGUCACCGGCCUUGUACGGAGGUCGCAUACAAUCCAUUGCCGCAUCCUUUUCCUGGUCCCUGUCGUUCGUCAUCAUGAAAACGUUCAAGAUCUUCGUCGAGGCAAACCCCGUGAUGUUGUGGUGUUCGUUCGCCGCUUUCUCGGCCGCCGGGCUCCUGUUCGUGCUGUUCUACGUGCCCGAGACCAACAACAAGAGCCGCGAACAGAUCCACCUCGAACUGAUCCGUUAGUUCCACGUGACCUACAAUGUUAACCACAUCCGCCGCCGGACUUUUUAAUAUUAUUUAUACAUUUCGCAAAYCAUCCCAACACGACGACCCACUAUACAAGAGCGCAGAAAUCUGYAACCGUUUUUUGGUCGAUGGGUGGAUCAGUGGAUCGGAAUGACGAUAAAUCCGAGCAGUCAAAAUAUUUUCACGAUCUUUGGCGUAGCUAUAGURCCGAGCUUGUAGAACGGUGUCAUCAUCCCUCACCGAUGAGGACCUAAACCGCAGCUCGGGUAUAUUAUUGCAUGCCGUUUACCUACCGUAUCUCACAGUCUAUAAUCGGAGUAAAACUAUUUACUAAAAUCUAUUUAUGUACUGUAAGAUGCAAUGCCUAUUGUAAUAUAAAAUAGCAUUAUAAUACUUUGUAUCGCUUUGGCUGAGAUAUGACGUGCUUUUUACCAUUUUGAUAUCUGAGUUAGGUGUUCAGUGGUAUUUAUGAUUUACGUAAGCAAUACGUAAGUAGAUUUUAAUAUAUAAUAUUCGAAGCAAUGUGAAAUUCAUAAUAAACCUAGCCUUUAUCAAAAAUAAGUAUCAAUCUUAAAAAACGUCUUUGUGAUCAUAUAUAUAGACUUAUUUUCAAAUAUUUUUAAUAUUAUAAACGCAUCAUAUUAUAUUAUUAUUGUGAUUCUAAACCACAAUUGACCUCGAAAAUGAUGAACUUUUGUAUGUGCAAUUAUAAUAUUUACCUACCAUCUGUAAYCUAUAUCCUAUUAUUCCUAUUUGUACGUGUUCAAAGAUCAAUAUAUGAUUAGRUACUWUGUACAUAAUUAUAAAAUUCAUAAAUUCUUAUAAUACCUAUAUUGUAAUACUCAAUGGUCUCGAUAUGUAUAUGUAUA